CUGGCACUUACUGUACAUACACAUGGCACCACAUUACCCUCCAGCUUCAACCCAUUUUCUUAGACAAGAAAACAAGUUCGGGAGCUUUGUUAACAUGUUUUUAGCACAAAAUUCUACAUAAGCAAUUUCUAGUCAGAAGCUCUUGAUUUGAGAGCACAAUGGCCUCAUCACGAGGUUCCUCUCCCGCUUCGCGCCGCUCCGGCAGCGCGACGCCCACCGCGACACGCACCUCAACUCAUAACCCAUUUGAUGGCCUCUCUGCCAGCAGCUCCGAAGACGAUGAGAUCCUCCGGCCGCGCGGGAAAAUCGCGUCUAGAAUGCGAGUACGGGGCAACCCAAUGCAAGAAUCAGAGUCUGAAGAAGAGCAUGACGUGAACUCACCCCGAAAGAGCCCGCCAAGGAACGGCCAUGACUUGCCUUCGGUUGACAACCGGAAGGACGAUAACGACAACGACGAGGACGAGGAGGUGGUGACGGCUAGGCCGAGGAAACUAAUGCCUCGCAACCGACGCAGUUCAACCCCUGAGACCCAACCCCGGGAGGCACCGUCUUCACCUGAUCUUUUUGUCUCGCCAGAAAAGAACACGCCACAGUCUCCCGGACUAUUUGUCUCGCCAUCAAAGCCUCAAUUCCCGUCUGAGGAGGACGCGCAGACUAGCCCGGCCGCGUUGACAAGAAAUCCACGGUUCCUUGCCCUUGUUGCGAAGAAGCGCCAGGAGCGCCUCGCUAGGGAAGCAGAAGAGGCUCGCAAGAACGCCGAGCGCCAGAAAGCCGCCUGUCACCGCGGCGAUGGUCUCAAUAUCAGUGAUGAAGAUGACGACGACAUCACGGACGACGAGGGGGGACGGAAGCUCACACAGGAGGUUGGGGCGACGCGUCCCGCCCGCAAGGCCAGCAAGCGGGCUCUCGAGGAGAUGAACCGCGAGACACAGCGGUUGACCCGAAGUUUGCAGCUUGCACAUGAAGCAAAGGUCAAGAAGAAGAUUACCAAGGCCACGCUUUUCGAGCGCUUCAACUUUAAGCCAGAGGGUUCAGCGGCGCCAGCCGACAAGCCGGCGCCUACGAGCUCAAGUCGGCCGCCAACACCGGGGUCUGCUCAUCAUAGCGAUGCCGGGAUGAAGGAGGCCGAGACUCCGCCUAGCUCGCCGCCGCUUUUUGGAAAGGAUGUAGAAUCCACUGCAGUUGCUCCCCAUGCACCGAUCAGCACGACUCUGGAAGAGGAUGAAGACGACUUUCCCACCUUGGAAGAGGCAUUUAGAUCAGCUGUCAGCCGCAAGAAGCUCGACAAGGGCAAGGGCAAAGCAACUGCCGCCGACCUUGAGGAGCCCAAGCCAAAAGAACAGCUCCCACGCGUAAAGCGAAACCUCCGCGUGAAACUACCUCCCGUCCAAGCCAACACAGCCACACUAUCCCUUUCACUAGACGAUGACGACGAAGACCUUCAGAUCCAGCCCACCCGAAGGAGCAAACUCGACGCCAUUUUCGAGCGCGUCCCAAUCAAGCAGGCCCAGGAACCUCGCCCGCUGCAAGCGCUCCGCAAGCUGGCCCAGCUGGACGAUCCGGAGAAGAAGGCCACAGCCCCGAGCAGCAAGCAAAAGAAGCAGCAUCAAGAGCGCGUCAUGACGGUUGGAGAGCUGCAGGCCAACCUUCUGCAGCGCGCCCGCGCGCAGGCGAAGCUCGAGAGGGACAGGCACCUGGAAAUGCUCCGCGCCAAGGGCAUCCACGUGCAGACUGCCGAGGAGCGGGAAAAGGAAAUGCAGCAGGUCGAAGACAUUGUCGAGCGGGCACGCAAGGAGGCCGAGGAGAUUAUGCGCAAGGAGCGCGAGGACGCGAAGAAAGAUCGGAAGGCGAGGAAGGAGGCCGGGGAGGAGGCUGAUCCGUUGGCCUGGGAUGAUGAUAGUGAUGACGAGGAGUAUCUUGGUGGGGAUCAGGAAGAGGCAGCGGACAUUGAGUUGUCUGGUUCUGAAGAGGAGGAUGAAGGUGAGGUUGAAGGCGAGGAGGGGGAGGAAGGAGAGGCUGAUGCAGCCGGCGUCAUGAUCGAUGAUGCUGCCGAGAGCGCAAACGAAUCCCAGACAGAGGAUACCGAGGAACAAGCCGGUGAGCAGGAGUCGGAUGAAGACGAGAUAAUUGCCUCGAAACAAGCACGGCGCAUAGUCCGGAAGCAGGCCAUCAUUCUCUCUGACGACGAAGAAGAUGAGGUUGGGCCCUUAGUCAAGGCCACUCCUCAACCGAAAGGCAAUCACCCCAAAUCGCCAUCAGUCCGCAAUCCCGAGUCUCCCAGCGUUCCUACCUCCAUUCUGCGAUCUGCCACGAAGACUUUUAUUCCAGGCCUCCCUGUUGCAGGUCCUGCUGGUCUCGGGCUCACCCAGAUCUUCGCCGGAACCAUGGAUGACAGUCAGAUGGGAACGGCGCCUGCAGAUUCUCCCCUGCACCCGAGGCCUACUUUCGACGUGAACUCCUUCCCUGAUUCCAAUUUCUCGCAGACUGCUCAGGAGGCCGCCGAGGACAUGAUUCUUGACAGCCAGCCGUCAGCAGCACGGGAAACACAAGAACCUGAGACUCAGGGCGUCCAACUCCGCUUCUCGCAAUCCCAAAUGCAUGGGUUUGACACGUUCCUCGAGGAGAAGCAGAACGCCACUCAAACGUCUGAGCUCAUCGAGCCAACUCAAGAUCCCGGGUUCCAGAACUUUUCCCCUCUUCGUCAGCGCUUCGUUGAAGCUCCAGUUUCCACCGUCGCCACCGUCCCGGUCGCCCAGACCCAAGCUGAUGCAGACCAGACCGAGUCUCCGUUGUUGCGGCGGACCGGCAAGCUAAAGCGCAAGGCUGAUUUAGUCCCCGCAUCGCCCAGUCACCGCGUCGCUCCCGGUUAUGAAGAUGACGACAUGGAGGAUCUCGAGACCGACGAGUUUGGUUUCGGCACCGUUACUAGCAAUGCUUUCGCCGCCAUGAGAGAGGCUGCGCUGAAGGAGAAGAAGCAAAACAAGGCGUUUGACAAGAAGAAGAGCAAGGCCCGUGAGAUGAUCGAGGAGCAAGCCGAGGAGUCGGAGGAUGAAUAUGCCGGACUGGGUGGUGCGGACGGCGAAGACAGCAGUGAUGACGACGAUCAUUCAAUAAAGGAGAUAAUUGAUGACGAGACGAGGAACAAUGAAGUCGAUGAGAGAAAACUCGCUGCCUUUUACGCCGAUCGGGAACGCGCCGCGGACGAAAAGCAAGUCGAGAAGCUUUUCCACGACAUCACGACGGGCAUGCUCCGCCGCAAGCGCGCUGGAAACUGGGAUGACCUCUCCGACUCGGACGACGGCGGCGAAGCCCGCCGCCGCAUGAAGCGACGCCAGUUCGCCAAGAUGCAGCGCGCCUUGCUAGCCGACGAGCGCAUCAGCAAGGUUGCCGAGAACCCGCGCAACCAGGCCUUCCUCCGGACCAUUGAGGACCACGGCAGUGACGACGACAUGGAUUUUAUCCUUGCCCCGCCGGCACCGGUACCCGCCAGCGCAGAGAGCCAGAACACGCAACCUCCACCAGCAGCCGCCACUGGCAAGGACAGCAUCGUUCCCGCCAGCCAGCCGGCCAGUAAUCCGCGCCGCACCGCUGCCAAGGAAGGCAAGAAGAAGCCGUCCAACCUCAGCGAGAUCCGGGAAUCGCUGUCCAACCUGCUCGACGAGCCGCUCAACUCGUCCUCCAUCAUCCCGGCGACCGACCUGGCCACUUCCAGCGAGGACGAAGACGAGGACGAGGGCCACAACAUCAUCUCAAGCAACAAAGAGAACCACAACCCCUCCUUUCAGCAUGCGCAUGGUGCAAGGCGUCGUCCAACAGGACCCAUCGUCGACAGAAUAACACUCAAACGCAACUCCUCAUCCUCCUCCACCUCUUCCUCAACCAAACUCGCCUUCGCCACCACCAGCACCACCAGCACCACCACAAGCACGGGCAGCAACAGUGGAUUCAAAGUCCCCGCCCUCCUCCGCCGCGCAACAACAAACUCGUUGCUCUCCACCUCCAGCACUUCCAGCACUUCCACCGGUAACACCAACAGUGUUAGUGUUGUCAAGAAACCGGCCGGCAAGCGCUCCGGGAUCAGCUACCUCGCGCGCGAGAGCGAGCGGCGCGCGGCCGUGGCCGAAAAGGAGCGCCGAAGAGAAGAGCGCAAGUUCAAGGGCGCCGAGGGCCGGGUGCGCGCUGUCGGGGGCCUGUUUGGUGCGGGUCGGUUUGAGUGAUUUGUUUUCCCUUUCUCCAUUGUAACUAUCUAUCUGUUAGUGGUCUGUGGUUUGUAUGUAUGUAUCUUGGGUUAGGUUCGCUCCGGUGCUAUGGGAUAGGGAUAGACGGAUGGAUUGAUUGAGGGAAGUCCUGAAUCUCAGGCAUGGCUGAAGGUCAGUUAUGUUUUGACCGUGUAUGCCUAGGUAGUACUGGGUACUGGGUAGCUACACUACUUGUUUGCGAUUCACCGGCCCAGCGUUGUUCCCUCUAAAAAUUGAAUCAUAACACAAUUGCGACCUAUACAGUCACAAACUCAUUUCGG